AAACACAUGGGAUACCACACGUUUUCCUUUUCAUUUAACUCCGUGUUGUGUGUUGUUGUGGACAGUUGUUCUUAACUCAGGACAUUACAUGUUAACAGUGGUUAACAACUGGAGCAGCGGAGAGUUUCACUGACAGCUCAGACAGCGAGCUGAGCUCAGCUAACGAGUCAUGCUCCUGGUGGACCCCGGUCUGUAUAUCGGCACUGCGGCCGACCUCAACGACAGCCAGGCACUGGCCGAUGCAGCCGUCACUCACAUCCUGUCUGUGGACUCCGUGGACCCCGCCCCUCAGCUACGUGCUGAUGGGGACUUCCGCAGGAAGUGGAUCAAUGUUCUGGAUGAGGUGACCUCUGACCUCCUCAGUCACAUGGAUGCCUGCUUCCUGUUCAUUCAGGAGGCUGUGGAGGGACGUGGAGCUGCGCUUGUUCACUGCCAGGCUGGUCGGAGUCGCAGUGCCACCAUCAUUACUGCUUAUCUAAUGAAGAGAUACCAGCUGGGCUUCACUGAGGCUUACCACAGACUUAAGGGUGUCAAACCGGAUGUACAGGUCAACAGUGGUUUUGAGGAGCAGUUGUGUCUAUAUGAGGCCAUGCAGUGUGAAGUGGACACCUCCAGUCCUCUGUACAAACAAUACAGACUGACCAAGAUCACUGAGAAGUACCCUGAGUUGCAGCAUGUUCCCAGGGAGCUGUUUGCCAUUGACCCUGCUCACUCCAGCUCCUCCGAAGUGUCCUAUCGCUGCAGGAAGUGCAGACGAGCUCUGUUCCGUGACUCCAGUAUCCUCAGUCACCCAGUAGGAGAAGGAGCACCAGCCUUCGGUCACAAGAAGUCCAGUAACCUCACUGGAGAUGUGCAGUGUACGUCUUACUUCAUUGAACCAGUGCAGUGGAUGGAACAAGCUUUACUCGGAGUGAUGGACGGACAGCUGCUGUGUCCUAAGUGUAGCUCUAAGCUGGGCUCGUUCAGCUGGUGUGGUGAUCAGUGUUCGUGUGGCCGCUGGGUCACUCCCGCCUUCCAGCUGCAUCGCAACAGAGUGGACGAGAUCCGACAACUGAACAUGCAGAAAUAACACACACACACACACACACAAACACACACUCACACUCCUACAUGAAUGAAUGCAGCCUCUGCAGGCAUAGAAAAAGAUCACACGCAGCUCUUCAACACACAGUCAAGCAAGAAGUAGAACAUUCAGAUGUUCCGCUCCUCUUGCUCUUCCUCUUGCUCAGGUUUUGAAGAACAGCUUUUAUUUCUGUUAGAACUGCAGGGUUUCUUUGUGUGACAGUGAAAGCUAAGCUGGACUGUACAGACACUGUAGGAGGGAUCAUUCGCUGACAGUUCAGCAGUUGAUAGAAGAAAGAAGGAUAUCAACUCUAAAAUUCAAGACAUCAGGUGACCUUUCCAAUGUUUAAAGGACUGUUGCAAACUCAAGUAUGAACACUUUACAGAAAUAUUGCUGAAACAAUCAGUCAAUUAUUUGAUUAAUCAGAAAAUUAAUCACAUAUUUCCACUAUUGAAGUGGUUGUAAUCAGUAUUUUUCUUAUAAUAGUGUAUGAAAUGACGAUGUGAAAACAAUGAAGAGUCACUCGUAGUGAUGAAGCGAUCAGCUCAGCUGAGUUUUAGCUCGUUGUUUAGCGGUCUGUCUCACAGCUUGUCCUAACUGUCCACUCUCACUGCUCUCAUAGCAUCAUUUUCACCACAGCAGGCAGCUGUUUUCACAGAAAAAGCUCAAGAAAGCCACUGAACACAACCCGCCCAGGACCAAACAGACAGACAGUUAGAGACUCGCUGGUGAACACAGUGGAGCAUUUAGCAGAUGAAGAGCCCGAUAUUUCUCUCAGGAGCUUGUGGUGACCAGAAUGGGGGCAGCAGAACCAGCUGUGGACACAGCACUGAUAUAAUCACCUCAUAAAGUUGUCAUUGCAACAUUAUCAUUCAUGUUUGUGUUCACCUGAUGAAUCUAAGUCCAGUCUCGACUCUCUUUUAGCUGUAUUUAGGGCUAAAGGCAGUGAAAAAGCUCCAUAGAGUGGUCAACUUUCACAUUACUCACACAUUUGUUGAACCGAUGUCAAUAAAGAUAAAUAUUAAAUAUCAGUCACUUAUCAGGUAAAACUAACUAUUCAUUGAUUACAGCUUCUCAAAUGACUGUGUUUCAUAUCAGUGUACAUAAAGUAUCGUUGGGUUUUGGGCUGUUGGUCAGAUUGGGCAAAUUGAAGUUGAAACAAUCUGUGGAUGGUUGCUGACAUCUUAGAUAAAUGAACGGAAAAAAAGAUUUGUCCUCACAGCAACAGGGAAACUGCUAGCAGCCCCACCACAGCUCACUGAAGCUUAUAUAACAGUGCUGGUCUAAUGCAGCUGGUCAGAAUGAAUGACUUAACCAUCACUAAAGGCAGUUUAAUACCACAUCUGAGAGUGCAGGAUGAGGAGGAUUCAGCUGUGCUACAGUAUGUUUCAAAUCUGACCCUUCUGUAAUACUCACAAGUCAUGUAAAUAAAUGAAAAAUA